ACUUCCCCGCACAUGACCGGCAUUCCGCUCGUUACAUACCUGUCAAACUGCGAUCCUGUCUGAGCUUCCCCUCGCAUUGACAUCCGCGGCCUUGGAUUUCUGAAGCACCUAUUCGCUGCAUACAGACCCUUCUCCUCAUACAAACUACUAGUAUAGUCAGUUGAACGCCGUCGCCUUCUUCGAGCCACACCCACACUGACGUUCGUCAAACUCCCGUCCUGUCACCAAGAUGACUCUCUUACAAAGAUCCUUUUUCUCCGCUUCCAGAAACACAGCCAUCAUCAGAUCCCGCUUCCAGACGAAGUCCCUACCACUAGUACUACACUCAUACUCACGACUAGCCUCCACCAUGGCCCCCAAGCUCAAAGAUCCAUCCCUCUUCAAAAAGGAUGUUUGCUACGUCAAUGGCGAAUGGGUAAAGGCCCACUCGGGCAAGACAUUUGAAGUCAAUGACCCAGCAACAGGCAAGCUCAUCGGUACCUGCCCCGAAUUCGAUGCACAAGACACCAAGAAAGCCAUCGAUGCCGCCGAGACCGCCUUCGAGACCUUCCGCCACAAGACGGGCCGCGAGCGCUCCAAGCUCCUGCGGAAAUGGUAUGACCUCAUGGUCGAGAACCACGAUGAUCUCACCACCCUUAUCACCUUGGAGAACGGCAAGCCGCUAGCGGACGCCAAGGGCGAAGUCACCUAUGCCGCCAACUUCUUCGAGUGGUUCAGCGAGGAAGCCCCCCGCAUCUAUGGCGAUACCAUCCCCUCCUCAGUCCCGGGUAACCGCGUAUGGACCAUCAAGGAGCCCGUCGGCGUGUGCGGCCUCAUCACGCCCUGGAACUUUCCCGCCGCCAUGAUCACCCGCAAAGUCGGCCCUGCCUUGGCCGUCGGCUGCACCGUGGUGUGCAAAGCCCCCGGUGAGACGCCCUUCACGGCGCUGGCCAUUGCCGAGCUCGCCCACCGCGCCGGCAUCCCUCCCGGUGUCGUCAACGUGAUCACCGCCCUCGAAAACACCCCCGAGGUCGGCAGCACUUUGACCACCGACCCCGUGGUUCGCAAGAUCUCCUUCACGGGCUCCACGGCCGUCGGCAAGCUCCUCAUGAAGCAGUGCUCCGGCACGCUCAAGAAGCUCUCUCUCGAACUAGGCGGUAACGCGCCCUUCAUUGUCUUCGAUGACGCCGACGUGGACGCGGCCGUCACGGGCGCCAUCGCCUCCAAAUUCCGCUCCUCCGGCCAAACAUGCGUCUGCGCCAACCGCAUCUACGUGCAACGAGGAAUUUACGACGAGUUUUCCCAGAAAUUCGCCGAGCAGGUCAAGAACAACUUCCGGGUCGGCAACGGGUUCGAGGAAGGAGUCACGCACGGCCCACUGAUCCACCAUCGCGCCAUUGAAAAGGUCGAGCAGCACGUCCGCGACGCCGAGAAGAAGGGCGCCAAGGUGGUGGUGGGCGGUCACAGGCUCGAAAGCCUAGGCCCCAACUUUUACGAGCCGACCGUCAUCACGGGUAUGACCCCCGACAUGGCCAUGGCGUCGGAGGAGACGUUUGGACCGGUGGCUGGCUUGUUCCCCUUUGACACGGAGGAUGAGGUGGUCAAGCUGGCUAACGCGACCCAAGUCGGCUUGGCGGGCUAUUUCUUUUCUAGAGAUAUCCACCGCUGCGUGAGGGUUGCUGAACACCUUGAGGUUGGCAUGGUUGGUAUCAACACGGGCUUGAUUUCGGACCCCGCGAGUCCGUUUGGCGGUGUUAAAGAGAGUGGUUUCGGAAGGGAAGGUUCGCUUUAUGGUAUCGGAGAAUACCAGGUGACCAAGAUGGUUACGGUUGGAGGUAUGGGUCAGCCUUUACAGAAGUGAGCGCAAAUGUGGAGGAAAACUUUACGGAUUAUUGUUCCUAUGGUCAUGCAGCGACAGCAGGACAGGCGAAUCUAUAGCAUAGGGUCUUGGGUAUAAUGGUAGUAUGGUUGAUUGGCUAUAAGGACACUACUGUAAGAAACAAAGGCAGACACAGAUGAUGCUAAACUGGAACCAAAGACAAAAAAUCUCUCGCGAGUGCAAAGCUUUCC